GCGCGGUUUGCGGCGUCUGCGGGAGGAGGUGGUAGCCCUCUGCUCUGAGGGGUCCUGGGGGUGCUGCGGGGGUCUCCCCUCGCAGAGCGCUGCUGCCUGCGGUCGGUACCGGGAAGUGUAAUUAAAGGCGGGUGUGUGGGUGUAUUUAAAGGGGCUUUAGAGCGGGGCAGGUUACGCCGGGGGGCGGGAAGCGGCCGUGGGGUGUGGGUCGGGCGUGGUCCUAGUCGAGCUAUGGAGCUCAGCGGCCUGGUGCGAGCCCUGAGGCUGGAGGGUCCGCGGGAUGGGGGGCAGCCGGAGCAGCCGACCCCUGCUGUCCCGCCAGCCGAGCAAGUCCUCCUCCAGAUCGGGCUGCUCUUCUCCGAGGGGGCUGGCGGUGCCCCCAAGGCCGGUGUGCUCAGAGACCUGGGUGCGCUCGUCGAGGCUGCGGACUGCCGGUGGCUCUUUGGAGGCGUGAGCCCUGCAACGCUGGGCGAGUUGGUGGCCGCGCUGAAUGGCUACGCGGCACCCCCAGAGCAGGAGCAAGAUGCUGCGGAUCUCCCCAGUAAGGACAGUGCGUACGCUGCCACAGCUGAGAGAGCGGCCGAUGUUGGCUCAGUGUUUCUACACCUCCUGGCGAAGCUGGAAGCUGCCAAGACCCAGGAGUCCCUGGGUGUCCCCAUGGUGGGUCCAAUCCUGUGCCGUGUGAUGGAACCCCUCUACAUCUUUGCCGCAACACAUAUUGCGGAGAGGCCCUGGACAAACACAAAGUCUCAGUCAGUGGCACAGGAGCUGCUGGCAUUGCUGGUUCGGGCUACGGGCUGCGGGUCAGUGGCUGAAUUCCUUCGGGGAAAGAAUGAAGAUGAGGAAGGAAGAUUUGGAGCAGUGAUGGGGCUCCUGAAACAGGAGCUGACCAAAGACACUUGGAAGCGUAACCCUGCCACAAAGUUUGUGUUCUCCUGGACGCUGCCUCAGGUCACCCGACCGUGGCUUAGCUGUUACCUGGAGCGUGUCCUCCCGCCGUCGCUGCUCAUUUCGGACGACUACCGGGAGGAGAAUAAAAUCCUGGGUGUGCGCUGCCUGCAUCAUAUCGUUCUCAACGUGCCAGCUGCUGAUCUGUGCCAGUUCAACAGGGCUCAGGUUGUGUACCAUGCCCUUUACAACCAUCUCUAUUCACGAGGGGCCCCUCUCAUCCAGGCAGUACUGCUGUGCCUGCUGGACUUGCUGCCGAUCCUGGAGAGAGCCCAGCGGCAGCAGAAGCAGACCAGACCAACCACCCCCUGCGAUGAGGUGCUGCAGCUGGUUCUGACCCACAUGGAGGCAGAGCAUCGCCUUGCGCUGCGGCGGGUGUAUGCCAGGACCCUGCCUGCCUUCGUGCAGAGACUUGGCAUCCUGAUAGCGCGGCACCUGAAGAGGCUUGAGCGAGUUAUCCUGGGGUAUCUGGAAGUCUGUGAUGGCCCCGAGGAAGAAGCCCGACUGGGAAUCCUGGAGACACUGCAAUGCACCAUCGAGCAUGCUUGGCCCAGAAUGCCAUGCAGACUCCCUGUGCUCCUCAAAGCCCUGCUGAAGAUGAUCUGGGACGUUCACACUGACCAAGGUUCAACGCCAGAGCCGGUAAAAGCCGCCUUGCUCCAGGGGGCCACCGAAUGCCUCAUCCUGCUGGAUCGCUGCUCUGAAGGGCAAGUGAAGUCCAACAGUAUUUUGAAAGCAUCGGUUUCCACCCACCACAACAUUAGUACUUGACUUCAUCGAUAAGUUACUCGAUGCAUAUCGACAGGUCCUGCUGGAAGGCGUGUACAGCAGUUGUGAGGAAAACCACAUACGGGAAUGCAUCAGAAAAGUGCAAGAGAACACGUGAGGCGUGGC